AUGCAUGUACAGAAACAGAAAAUCGAUGAACUGAACCGCGCCAACAACAUCGACCCACCGAAGAAACGACAGAAGAAGAAACUGCGCAUGGACCCCAACGCCACGGAUAAGGAACGUAAGAAGAAAGAGCUCGAGGAGUCCCUACAACGGGCCAAGCUGUCCCGCAAACUCAACUACGCCGCCAUCUCACAGUUAGAGGAGCUUGAUAAGGACUUGGAGGAGGGGACUGUGUUCAGCAAGGACUCUACAGCGGCUAUCGGGUACAAGACCGAGGACGGAAAGGAUAUGACUACAGCCGUAAGUGCAGGCGCAAGCACCGAGACGCCUAGCGCUAGUGCAGUAACGACUGUCGGCGGUGGUAUCAAACGCAAGACUAUGGCUGCGGAGGACCUAGAUGCUUACUCAGACUUAGACGACGAAUUACUACAUGCGGACGAUUACAACGAAUCAGACGAUGAAGCCAAGAAGCAGACGCAAGCGAUGCAGGCACUGUUGGGUAAAGGGCCGGAUGUGGACAACGUGGGCGCAGACGGCACGUACCAAUUUUCAGACGAUGAAGAGGCUGAAGAUUUCGAUUUCUAGAGGUUUUCUGAGAAUUGGGAUGA